AUGGGAAACAGAGCUGCCAAGUCACCUGUCAUUUGUGAUGAAUUUGAUGAUCAGGGUGAAGCCACUAUUCCAUCUUCUUUUCAUUGGCUAGUCCCACCCGAUCUCUGUUUCUAUAAUAUUUUUUGCUAUUUGCAUUUCAACGAAUUGAUCAUGACCAUUCCGAAAGUUUGUUCUCCAUGGAGACGAGCUCUUAUUAAUAAUUUAAAUGUGUUGCACUUGUAUCCUGAUGUUCAACAAUAUAUAGAUCAAUUGAAUAAUAGUGAAACAAAAGAUUCUAAAACAAAUUUCCAUAACAAGAAUUGUAAUUUUCAAAUGAAUGUUUUCAAAGACUUUUUUCCAUACGUAAGAUAUGUGAUGAAUUUUGUGAAAAGCAAUCAAAUGAAAAUUGAACAUGUUUUUGUGAAUGGAAGUAUUAACAAUGUCAUGUUUUUGACAUUUUCCAAACGCACCAAAGAUCAGAAGAAUGACAUUUUCAAGUCACGAGCAGCCAUCGAAAAACAAAUUUAUCACAACACUAUUGGCCCUUAUUAUUUCAAUUGUUUUACAGAACCAGAAUUUCUCUAUUUUUAUUAUUCGACUCAUGAAGUUAAAGGCGAUUGUUUCAUGCAAUCGUUCGUAAGCACUCGACCUGAAAUAUUUCACGAUUUAUAUCUUGAUUGUGAAUUUACAAAGAAUGUGAAGAAUUUUGUGUUUAAGAGACUGAUUUUUGGAUAUAAUGAAGAUGGAUAUCUACAUGCUCUCUUUUUUCCCAAGUCAACUACAAUGGUCAUGGAAGAAGUUCAAAACAUUGAACAUUCAUACAUGGAUCCAUGUAAAUUUGCUUUUAUCAAAAGUCUUACUCGAUCUGAUUGUGUGAAUGUAAAAUCAUCAUCUGAGAGAGUAACAUUAUCAAAUGUGCCAUUUUUACCAAAUCUAUUUCUACAAUCCAAGCAUGUUGGUUUGAGACAAAUGACACCAGUACAAGUUCAAGCAGGACUAGGUCUGUUACGAAGCAAUGACCGCCCGUCCACAAAACCUCUCUUCACGGAGGCGUCUAGCAAAAUUCCAAAAGUGUCAAAAUUUAGUUUCAGAGCUCUUGAUUGUUUUAGAUAUGGAGUUGCUGAUUUUUUACUUGCAUUUAAAUCAAGCUUGACUUUUGUCAAUCUUGACGGAGUAACAUAUAGUUAUGUGAACACAUUAAUAGAGCGCCUAGAACAGUUGGAAUUAUUGAAACAUUUGAGACUUGGUUUCUAUAAGAAUGGUACGUCACAACAGCACUUCACAGACUUGAUGAAAUGCAUGACCUCUUUAUUCAGAAAAAGAAUUCCUUUAGAAAAUUUAAAGCUUUGUUCGAUGGAUGAUAUCGAAGAAAACGCGCUGCUUGAAUUUGUUCAAUCUGUGAGAGAGACAAGUUGGAAAUCUGUGGCACGAAUCGAAUUUGAAAAUUUUGGAAAAAUUUCACACGCAACCAUGAAAGCCAUUCAAGAUUAUCAUUUGAAUUUGACCAUUACAGAUUUUAUUCAUUCUCCUGACCUUGUGGAUCAGAUACAAUUUCCAACUGUGGAUUAUGAUGACGGCUCUCAUCCUCAAACACGACUUGAACAGAGAUUGAAUUUUUCGAAUUUUACACAACAGCAGUUGACGAGCUGUUUGAGUUGCAGAAUGGUCCUUCCAUUGCAUCAACAUGAAAAACAUUGUCAACUUCACCACCAUCCACGCGAAUUGGAUUACUAUCGUCGUUUAGAGAAAACAAUUGAUUUAAUUAAUUAUGAAAUUGUAUGUCCUGCAUGUGAAGAAACCAUGAAACGGUGUGAAUUUGAAAAACAUGUCGAGCAUGCAUGUUCCAGAACGAAAUUCUUUUUCUACAAUGGACAUUCUCGUUGUGCUUUGGUGUACACAAAAUCCAAGCAUCCACCACCAUACGAUCGAAACAAGAAGCAUGAUCAUGAGGAAUUGUGA